UACACAUAGGAUGAUAUGUAAGAAUUAUUUAAGUUUUAAUUUUGAAAGUAAAUGCAUGAAAAGUGUUAUAUCAUUUCUUACAAACAUUGAAUAACACAACUUGAAUAGCACAACUGAUCACUUUUCUCUGAGUACUUACAGCACUCGCAAGUAAUUUGACAUUUCAAGAAUCUUUCAAAAAUUUUAUUCUGGAUACAAACCAUUUUUCGUAACGUGCUCCAAUAACACAUUAACAAGAGAUUAAUAAGCCAAAAACCCUUAAAAAAAUUUACUCAUCUUCCAACUUGUUUUUAGGCAAUAAUACCAUUAAGUAGUUUAACAUGUCUAAUAAGUGUCGUUUCUGCUUAACCAGCGUUGGGACUGGUGAGGAAUUCGUCAAACCUUGCCAAUGCCGUGGUAAAUUCAAACUGGCGCACAAAUUGUGUUUGGCGAAAUGGUUUAUCGAUGACGUAGAUGGAAAACUUAGGCAAGAAAAGAAAUGCGAAAAUUGUAAAGUGAACAUAAUUUUAAGUAACCCAGAAAAGCUGUAUAACGCGUUUAAGAUGAACCAUGUUUCUGGCUUAAGAUUUUGUGUAAUCAUUCUUCGUGUGGUCUUAUUAUUAUACAAUUAUGUGUUGAAGAAGAAUAAGAAUCUUUUGGAAGCGAACCUGGAUCGUCCAUCGGAUAUUGUAUGGUUAAUUAUUUGUAAUUUACUUGAGGGUUUCAACUAUCAUUUGAUUGCGGUGUUCCUUAUCAUGAAGUACAAUAUCUUAUUUAAUCAUUUAAAAAGUUUCAAAAGUUUUCUACUUAUCGGUUAUGGAUUUUCAACAUAUUCCCAUCUACCCACGCUUGGAAUUGUGUUUGCUAAAACACAAUUUAUGGGAACAUAUUUUAUUGCUACACUUCCGCCAAUAUCGCAAUGGGUGCAUAUCUUGAUCCCAGAAAAUUGGGGAAAUCUUCUUAAAUUAAUAUUUGGAUCAUGUGUCUAUGUACCAGCAAUCACUUUAGUUAUAUUGAUGUUGGAAUAUCACCAAUAUAAGAUACAACUAGAAAACUGUCGCUUUUACGAAUACAAACCCACAAAGGAUAUUUAUGUGCUUCAAGAAAAAGAUAUGGUCAAACUGAUCAUUAACAAAGAAAUACGCGUUAUUUCAGUUGAACAAUAUAAAGUUCUUGCAAAAAAGCUUAAUUUGGGAAAAAUAAUGUAAUAGAAUAAAAAUGUAUUUUAUUGAGGUGGUUUCUUAUAUUUUAAA